CGCAUAACUCGCUUACAGGGUGUGAUGCCGGUAUGGUCUUUUGCAUGUGAUAAACAUUAUACUGAACUGCACUGUGGAAUACUAAGACAACCGGCACAAUGCCUUCGUUUAUAGGCCUUUUAAAGGAAUUCCGGAUUCUUCUUCCUAUGACAGUAGAAGAGUACCAGAUUGGUCAGCUCUACUCGGUGGCAGAGGCUAGUAAAGAAGUAACAGGUGGAGGAGAUGGCGUGGAGGUAGUGGUAAAUGAACCUUAUAAAAGAAAAGUUACCAAUUCUAAUGGCGAGGAAGUAGAGGAGUGCGGACAGUUAACAAACAAGAUAUACCAUCUUGAAAAAAAAGUGCCAGGAUUUAUAAGGACUAUAGCCCCAACAGGGUCUCUCACAGUGGAAGAACAGGCACACAAUGCAUAUCCAUAUUGCUGUACUAUCAUAACGAAUAAGGGUUACAUGAAGGAAGGAUUUGAACUGAGCAUCAAGACAUGGCACAAGCAGGAUGAUGGCAGUCUACAUAAUGUUCACAAUCUAAAUGAUGAGGAACUAAACGCCAGGGAGGUUGUAUACAUUGAUAUUGUGAAUGAUGCUAUCAAAUCUCAAGAUUACAAAGAGAGUGAGGACCCUUCCAAAUUUCACUCAGAGAAAACAGGACGAGGCCCUCUUCAGCCAAACUGGAAGGAGACACAGAAACCGCUGAUGUGCUGCUACAAACUAGUGUACAUGAAGUUCAAGUGGUGGGGUCUUCAAGGCAGGAUUGAGAAGUUUGUCAUGAAUCAAGAGAAGCGAUUAUUUACCCUUUUCCAUCGCCAAGUUUUCUGCUGGUUAGACAAGUAUCAUGGUAUGACAAUGGCCGACAUACGAGCACUGGAGGAUAAAACCAAAGAUGAUCUCCAAAAAGAAAGAACGACUGGAGAACUGAGAGGCUUUUCAGCUGACAAGGAGAAGUAGAUAAUGCAGUAACUGUGUGUGUGUGUUUACAUCAAUCAUGUCAAAGAUAGUCCUGCCUUCCACUCGUGUUUCUUGUAGCUAGUUCUCAUGUCAAAGAAGUCAGGAAUAAAGCAAGAUUCAAAGGCAAUUCUCUCCUUUCCUUGCGGACUAGAUGAGUACUGGCUGGCCAUAGAUAGGAUAUAGAUAAAGACGAUGCAAUUGAUAGAGGUAUGGUUGACAGAAGGAUAAUCUUAUCUCGAACACUGCUUAAUUUAGAGUUAAUAUACUAUCCUGUUCAUUCAUAUUGUAAUAUAUUGCACUGUACUUUUUUUAGUAUACUUAAUUGUAAGACGAAAUUAACCCAAAAUUGAGAUGUAAUCUCAAUUUCCAUGCAUUUCUAAUUAUUAAUGGACUGUUUUAAAACCAACUCUUGACAUCACUUACCCAUAAUGUUCUUGCCAAAUCAAAUGGAAAUGUUGCAUUCUACAUUCACAUGCUGUUUAAUACUAUUGCCUGUGAUAACUGAGGCAAUAGUUUAUGGGUAAUGCAUAAAACAAUUGUAUCAAGGGACAAAUAAGAACAACAUUUAGAAAUUAUAACCCACACCUAAAAA